GAUGGAGUGUGUGAGCUGAACCCGUGACGGUCAUGAGUACUUCUCAAGGGCUUUCGGAGCCGCUCUGAAUGACACACACACACACACGCUCUCUCAAACAGCAGACGCUCUCAGGAAUCACAGCAUCAGUUCAGUGGUUACUGAUCAUGUCUUACGGUGGAUCAGGUUCAGUGUCUCGAGGAGAAUUCAGUGUUCAUUUCUCCAGCAGAAAAGGAGCAGGAUUUAUCAGAGCUGAAGAGGCUGCAGGAAUCGCAUUACUGGCAGUGAUCCUCACAGCGCUGCUCAUUAUGGGAUGCUGGUUCUACCGGCGACGGGGCGGGUACAAGAUGAUCCGGAAUGUCAGUGGUCAGUCGUGGAGAGAGAUGAUGAGGACGGGUCAGCACAGUGAGUCUGGAUCUGGAGAGGAGAACAAAGUGGCCCUGAACGAACUCCGCAACCUGCGACCAGCGAUUCCCAACGCUCCUCCAGCGUACGAGAAGCUCGUCUCAGGGCCGUCUCCUCCUCCUUACUCCCCAUGAGGAGCUUGAUUGCUGGAGAGUUUAAGGGCAGGAUGAACAGAAGCAUCGCUCAACCCCUGAUCCUGAGGAUUCACAGCAGAGCUCAAGGACUGAAGAAUCUCUCGCACCAAAGCGCCUUUUAACAGAAUAUCAAUGGUCAGACUUGAAGCUAAUGAGUUUAAAUAAAGCAUUUAAAUAAAGUUCUAGUUUAGUUCAAGGUAUAAAUUGUUUAAAUGCCAGAUUUUGCAAGUUUAUUUCUGCACACAUUCACGUUACUGAUGAUUUUAAACUAAUCUUUUUCAAACAUAUGCACUUCUUUCCAAAUGGAUAAUUGUAAGUUAACAACCGAAAUGAAACUUGUACCUUCAUAUUCCUCGCCUUUCCCAGAAAAGCCAAGUUUCUAUGAAGAGAUGCUGAGCUUCUUAAAAAGUGAACGGGCAUCACUGUUCAAUGCAACGCAAUUAAACAAUUCAUGUAAAGAACAAAGACUGCAUUUGUUUUCAUGCAUUUGUUUUUCCAAGUAAAAAAAA